UGCUAUAACUACAGAAAAGCACGGAAACUGAUGCUCUUUCGUCUGAAUUCACAGACUACGAACAUAACAGAUUAAGCCGCUGCAUCUUUUAGUUAGAACAUCGUAUUUAUUGUCAGUAAAAUCAAGUGGACGACAUGGCUUCGGGAGGGGAAUCUAAAAGUGAUGAUUUAGCUACUGCUAUUCUCAAACAGAAGAACAGACCCAACAGACUGAUUGUUGAUGAAUCCAUCAAUGAAGACAACAGUGUAGUCUCCCUUUCUCAGACAAAAAUGGAUGAGCUGCAGCUUUUCCGCGGGGACACAGUACUGAUGAAGGGGAAGAAGAGACGGGAGACUGUUUGCAUUGUUCUUUCCGAUGACACCUGCUCUGAUGAAAAGGUCCGCAUGAAUAGGGUAGUCCGUAACAACCUGCGGGUUCGAUUGGGGGAUGUCAUCAGCAUUCAGCCAUGUCCUGAUGUGAAGUAUGGCAAGCGGAUCCAUGUUCUCCCCAUUGAUGACACUGUAGAAGGAAUUACUGGAAACCUGUUUGAGGUUUACCUCAAGCCAUACUUCCUUGAGGCUUACAGACCAAUUCGCAAAGGUGACAUCUUCUUGGUCAGAGGGGGUAUGCGUGCUGUGGAGUUCAAAGUUGUGGAAACUGACCCUUCCCCAUAUUGCAUUGUUGCCCCUGAUACUGUCAUUCACUGUGAGGGAGAACCAAUCAGGAGAGAGGAUGAGGAAGAGUCCCUGAAUGAGGUUGGUUAUGAUGACAUUGGAGGUGUGAGGAAGCAGUUGGCACAAAUCAAAGAGAUGGUAGAGCUGCCUCUUAGACACCCUGCACUGUUUAAGGCCAUUGGUGUUAAGCCUCCUCGCGGAAUCUUGCUUUAUGGACCACCCGGAACAGGAAAGACUUUGAUUGCCCGAGCUGUGGCCAAUGAGACUGGGGCCUUCUUUUUCCUCAUCAAUGGUCCUGAGAUCAUGAGCAAACUUGCUGGUGAAAGUGAAAGUAACUUGAGAAAAGCCUUUGAGGAAGCAGAGAAAAAUGCACCUGCCAUAAUCUUCAUUGAUGAACUGGAUGCCAUCGCUCCAAAGAGGGAGAAGACUCAUGGGGAGGUGGAGAGACGAAUUGUUUCUCAACUGCUGACUUUAAUGGAUGGACUGAAACAGAGGGCUCACGUCAUCGUUAUGGCUGCCACAAACAGACCUAACAGCAUUGACCCAGCCCUGAGAAGAUUUGGUCGUUUUGACAGAGAAGUUGACAUUGGCAUCCCUGAUGCUACUGGCAGGUUGGAAAUCCUGCAGAUUCACACAAAGAACAUGAAGCUGGCUGACGAUGUGGACUUGGAGCAGGUAGCCAAUGAAACCCAUGGCCAUGUUGGUGCUGACCUGGCUGCUCUAUGCUCUGAGGCUGCAUUGCAGGCCAUCCGAAAGAAAAUGGACCUGAUUGACCUUGAGGAUGAGACGAUUGACGCAGAAGUCAUGAACUCUCUCGCUGUGACUAUGGAUGACUUCAAGUGGGCCCUGAGCCAGAGCAAUCCAUCUGCGCUGAGAGAGACUGUUGUGGAGGUGCCCAACAUCACCUGGGAUGAUAUUGGUGGUCUGGAAGAUGUGAAGAGGGAGUUGCAGGAGUUGGUGCAAUAUCCAGUGGAACACCCAGAUAAAUUCCUCAAGUUUGGCAUGACUCCAUCCAAGGGUGUGCUUUUCUAUGGACCUCCUGGUUGUGGUAAAACUCUUUUGGCAAAAGCCAUUGCUAAUGAGUGCCAGGCAAACUUUAUCUCCAUCAAAGGACCAGAGCUCCUCACUAUGUGGUUUGGAGAGUCUGAGGCUAAUGUCAGGGAGAUCUUUGACAAGGCUCGCCAGGCAGCACCAUGUGUGCUCUUCUUUGAUGAGCUGGACUCCAUAGCGAAGGCUCGUGGUGGUAAUGUGGGAGACGGUGGUGGAGCAGCUGACCGUGUCAUCAACCAGAUACUCACUGAGAUGGACGGGAUGUCUAGCAAAAAGAAUGUCUUCAUCAUUGGAGCCACAAACAGACCAGACAUCAUUGACCCAGCCAUCCUGAGACCUGGGCGUCUGGAUCAGCUCAUCUAUAUCCCACUGCCCGAUGAGAAGAGCAGGAUGAGCAUUCUCAAGGCCAAUCUUCGCAAGAGUCCCAUCAGCAAGGAUGUGGACUUGGACUUCUUGGCAAAGAUGACCAAUGGUUUUUCUGGAGCUGAUCUUACAGAAAUCUGCCAAAGGGCAUGCAAGUUGGCGAUCAGAGAAAGUAUAGAAAAUGAGAUCCGCAGAGAAAGGGAAAGGCAGACCAAUCCCUCAGCCAUGGAAGUGGAAGAGGAUGAUCCUGUGCCAGAAAUCAGGAAGGACCACUUUGAAGAGGCGAUGCGAUUUGCUCGGCGCUCUGUCAGUGACAAUGACAUUCGCAAAUAUGAGAUGUUUGCUCAGACACUACAGCAAAGCCGUGGCUUUGGCAGCUUCAGGUUCCCAUCCAGUGCUGCAGGUGGCAGUGGUCCAACCCAUGGCUCAGGAGGUUCUGGCAGUGGCCCUGUGUACAAUGAAGAUAAUGAUGAUGAUCUUUAUGGAUAAAUGUUCACUGCCCCUCUGUGGUCAGUCCUGGGAUCGCACUUGUACAAAUUCUCAACAGAUUCCACAUUUUUAGGACUUUGUGCUUCUUUCAUGUGUUUCUUUUUGUAUAAUUUCCCCUGGAGAAAGCAUGUAGCCACUUGGUUUGCCCUGGUUUUGUUGUGGGUGGGUUCGAGUUAUUAAGACUCCAGAUUUUUCAAUGGGGGGUUAUAAAGUGGCCUCAUUCUCACCAUUUCCAACCAUCAUGAAUGGCUUUUAGUGAUGGGAUUCUAUGCUAGACUAUAAGAAAGAAAAUAUACA